AUGGCAGCAUCGGCAAUUGCAGAUAGUGUCACAAGAGACCAGCGCUCUCAAUCGUACAUUGCUACUGGGGGUCCGAGAUGUUUUUUGGUUGCUUGACAUGCAAGUUAGGUAUGCAUUAGCAAGUUGAAGCUGACCUCAUCGAUGAAGGGUCUAUUAAAAGGAUUGAGGUAUAUUGCUCGCAUCUUCGAGGAUAAUAAGGAACCAGAGAUGCAGAUUGGAAAACCGACCGAUGUGAAACAUGUUGCUCAUAUAGGAUGGGAAGGGCCCUCUGCUACGACCCCAAGCUGGAUGCAUGAUUAUAAGUCUCCAACGGCUGAGGAAAAAGGAAGUUCCAACAAGAAACCCCGGGAGAAGCAAAAGAAAAAGGGGAGGCGUAAAGCAUCCACAGGCACAAACAACUCACCUGCAGAGUCUCCAUCAAGGGUAGGAGGUUCAACAAGGCCAUCAAGACGAAGCACGGGUAAACAGAGAGAGCAGAGCACGGGUUCAGGGUCGGAGUCAGGUUCAGGGUUAGACUUAGCUCAACAGAAUGAUCAGCCUGUGGGACAGAAACAGUCGCGGCAGAAGAAGUCAAAAGGAACAACAGGAGGAGGAGGAGGAUCGUCUGUUGGGCCUGCAAAGACAAAAGAAACAGAUAUAUCCGUGCGUGCAACUAUUCCUUGUGUGGGAGGUCUUGGAAGUUCUACAGGAAGAUGAGAGAUGAGAAAAUGAGAGUUUUUUCUUCAAGUUUAGACUAGAGUGGUGGUUUUGUUUUUCAUCUCAUAAUCUACACACUUUUGUCUUUUCUCUCCAUCUUUUCUGAGAUGUCUUUGCACAACUAGACCAGAUUUUUUUAUCAAAGAGAUUUAUGUAGAGAGAGAGAGCACAUUAGUGAUUAUGAAUAAGGGAUGUGUAGCAUAUGCUUUGCCUAAUGAUUCCGGUCAAAUAUAUACUCCAACAA